UUCGUGAGCUUACUUAUCGUUUUCCAAGUUAAAAUCAGAAAUUAUCAUUUAUUGUCUAGACAGCAAUUAAUCUCUUGUCAAAUUUGAAAAAUAAGUAGUUCUAUUUUAAGUCAGUAUAAGCUCAGACUAUGGAAGACAUCGCAAGGAAGAAAUUUACGUACGAUCAUGUAUCUUCGUACAAGGCUCGCGGAAAAGUUGGAGCUUCAGAUCGUAAUUUUCGAGCUCAGCGUGCAAGUGAAAAACGUCAUCUGUCCCGGAUGGAUGCAAUCUCAAAACGAAGGAGAAUGCCUCUAUCUCCACUUGCCGAUGAAAACGUGGUUGACAAGUGUACGACAGCGGGAGAAAACGGCGAUGAGCUUCAGGAUAAACCUUCAAAACCACAGCUCAGCAGAAGGGAACAGUUAGUCAAGUGGCAAGAGGAGCGAAAACUAAAGAAGGGUUCUGAGUCCCAGAAAAAGAAGUCUUUUGUGGUGCGUCAUGUCAAACACCAAGAAGAUGCUGCUCUUUAUUCCAUUAUUUCAGUGAAGAAAUUGAACAGAGGACUUACUCAACCAGUUAAACCUGACCCAUGUGCUGCCAACAAACCUGACAAACGGGUCACUAGGGCAUCAGCUAGGAUUGCUACAAAGGAAUCAAGUAAAGCAACUAAUCUGAAAAGUAAUAUGGUCAAAAAGGUGGAGCCCAAAUCUAAAGCCGCACAUAAUAAUAAGUUAAAGGAAAAGGCUAAACUCAGCUCAGACAGGACUGGUAGGGUCACAGGGCAAAGUGUUCAAAUGAAGUCAUCUUCAACAGGCAAAAAUGUUGCAGUCUCUCAGUUCAGUGAGAAAGCAGAGCCACAGAACCAAGUUAAAACAAGAUCUCAAGUCAAGAAACUUCAAGAGAAAUUGACAAGAAGUGUUAAGGAUACCCAACAAAUUUCACUUGAAGGAACCAAACCAGAGUUUACAAAAUUGAAUUUACCAGCUAUGGAAAACAUAAAGAAUACUGUUUCAUUUGGUAGAGGUAGCUCAGAAGGUGUGGAGAGGGGUGUGCAAAAUCAAGGAUCAGAAUUACAGCUGCCAUCUCUUGCUCCCAAAGAUUUUCAGUUCACUGCUCCUGGUGGCAUCAACACCUUCACAUACUUAUCAAAAACAUUCAAGUUUCAACCACUUAGCCCAAAGAGUGCAGCAGAAUUCAUAUUCCCAACAUCCGCAUCUUCUUUUUUUAGUCCCAACGAGGGCAAGUCAACUGAACCAAUGCAGACAGAAAGUACAGCUUGGGCAAACCCUGUGGCAGUUUGUCAUAUGAAUAGUACACAUGAUGAAAAAGAGCAUGGUGGACAACAGAUGGAUGAUCGUAAAGUGGAGAAGUGCGACAGCUCUAACGGCCAGGAAGAUAGUCAUGUAGACAUGAAAAAUGGCACUGCAUCUUGUCCAACAGAUGCCAAAAUGAUCGUAAACAGCCAAGGACAGUCUACAUUAGUCAAAGAAGCAGAUGAUGUCAGUGAUCUAGACUCUCAGCAGGAUGCAUCAUACUUUAGGGAUCUUGUGGCAAAGGAGACUGACAGGUUGAAUGAAAUCUGUUCAAAGUGGGAGAGAAUUAAUACUGAUGAAGAAAAUCUCAGUGAGGAAGUGACUGGGCAAAUAAGGACAGUAAUUGGACAAGCCCAGCUGUUAAUUGAUCAGAGGUUUCGUCAGUUUUCUGGCCUCAUAGACCUGAGUGAGGACAAAACUGCUGAAAAGCAAGCCACUGCCUCUGACCUCCAAGGCUUCUGGGAAAUGAUCUAUUUUCAGGUUGAAGACGUGAAUGCUAAAUUUCAUGCACUGGAGAAGUUGAAAGAAAACAAUUGGCAAGAAGAAGAAAUGAAGACAAAAAAAUCCUUGAAGAAGACUAAAACAAAGAAACUGCCCGCGAAUGUUGGCGCUAAAGUUGACAACAAAGCGGCUGCGACAAGAAACAGAAUUCAAGAAAUGAGAAUGGCAAUGAAGGCAAAGAUGGCUGAAGAAAAGGAGAAAUUAAGAGCCGAAAAACGACAUCAACAGGAAGAGGCUUUUGUUACUAUUCUAACGCCUGUGAAAAAGAGCAAAAGAAAUGAUGGUAGCGAUGAGGUGGUAUUAACACCAGUGCGCCGAUCCAUCCGUAAGACGCCACAGUUACGUGUUAUGGCUGGUAACAGCACGCCCGUGAUAGUGACCACACCCAAGAUUAUCAGUGAGGACAGCACUAGGCUAAGACUUACUCCAGACAAUGGCAUUCAACCGAGCGAAAUGGUUGUUACAGGAACUAGAAUGAAACUUGAAGAACCAAGCGAGGAAAGUGUGUGUGAAAUGGAGUGCAAGAAAGAAGACGACGAAAUGCAUUGCGAUUUCGAACAGGGGAAGCAAGAAGUUUUAAAAUCUGCUUGUAAAACCACACAGGACAAACCUCGAAAGACACCAGGAAAAGUUACUUUCCAAUCGCCCGGUCAUGAGAUCACACCUGCAUGUGCAGCUCACGAAAGAGUUGGUAGUCCGAUGGAGACCGCUGAUGAAGAUAAUGCAAACUCGGGCGAAAGCAAAGCUAAGAGGUUAACCCCGCGCCGUUUCUCGGCGCGCAAAUGCCGCAGUCGGUCAGGAACACCUUAUUACCAGCAGAGGCCUCGACGAAGAGUCUCUGCUAUCCACGAGGGUGAUCCACGCGGAACAGAAAGCACAGAAUGCAGCUCAUCCGAAUCUGACGGCGAAGCCAAACCAACAACACAGUGCCCCAGGUCGGGAUUGAGAAGGUCAUUGAGGAGAACGCCUUCUAAAUACCGAGAUUCAGCGCCUUUGGAGACUGCGAUUGCGGGAAAGACACCCGAAGAAAUUUCAGUAAAACUGUUCCAAACAACGGAGGAGCCUUCUGCAAGUGACUCGUCCAAAAAUGGUCAAGAACCAGAUGCAUUCUGUAGAUAUCUAUGUCCGUCCUCGUCGGAUGAAGAAGACAUUGGAAAGAAACCUGUGGACUCAGUAGAGCACGUGGAUGAGAUUGUGUUUGACGACAAAGAACCAAAAUUGGAAGACGCCGAUCUCGGCGCAGAUGUCAACCUCACUCCGCCAGACGAACCCGUGACUUUUCUCAAGCCUUCCAUCACUAAAAGCGAACCCAAGUCUGGUAGGACACCCAUACACAUCCUCAGGUACCUUUCAGACAUGGACACACCUACACCAAACUCCCGCCAAAUAACGCCCAUGCCGAAGACCACGAUAUUUGUUUCCCCCUCUGAGAACAGCAAGACUCCUGCACUUGGGGACAGUUUAGGGAUGAUGUCACCGGCAAACGUGGUGCGACGAUUUCCUGCCAGUAAUGAUGGCUCGCCGCUCGUUACGCUGACCGCAGUGCCUGGAAAGGAAGGCUCAGCUGGUGUGACGCCACGCAGUCAAUUGGCUGCGUUUAAUCUUGACUCCCCAGCGAGGAGUGAGAAGCGACGAGACUCUGUCUUCUUUGCUCCCAUGUCAACCUCUGUGGUUGGAGCUGUGGAUAACCUAAUGUCCUUUUCGCCAGUUGUAGAAGCAAACGAAUCAGGCUCGUGAUUAGUGGACUCCUCCAAAUUUGUGAUACUCUCAUAUGCAAGCAGAAUCGUUAGAUGGCGGGAUAUCUCACUCCUGGACUAAAACAGUUAAAAAGAGUUGUUUUUAGAUUAAUUCUCUGAUGUAAGUGUUCAGUCUAAUUUCUUAAAAAUUGUGGCCGUCUCAGCCACUUUUCAGAAAGCAAAUUUUCUAAGAAGCGAGACAAUCGAAGACCGUCCCGUUUGUCCUUUUACAUUUUUGGUAUAAUACAUAUUUUUGAAUAUUUACAUUGAAUUCGAGAGUAGUUCUUCAUCACGGUAGGGUGGUCGAAUUAUCCUUUUACAAUUAAUGUACAUUAUUUUGGGCACAAAAUGUGAUGGUAAUGGGAAUGGUUUAGCGGAAAAUAUUUCCUAAAAUCCCAUCUUUCGAACCGCUCAUUUUAAUUGUACGAAUGGUAAGGUAUUACUUGGUGUAAAUAUGGCGCUUCGUCAUUUCAAGCUAACCUUAAUUAUGCUCUACAGUUGAGUGUAACACUCUUCUUUCUUUUUACUUUCACCGUUAUCCGUGUUAUGUAAAUAAUAAACAUUAAAAGUG